AUAUGCAGCCGUCACCAUAUCAUAUUGAUAUAAUCUUAUAACAACGCUAUAAAAGGUCUGCUAAAAUAAGAGAGAUGCAUUAUGAGGUGCCUUGCCGUCUUCCUGCUCUUGUGUCCCAUCAUUAGACCUGCUGUAAUCAACUUAAACCAGCUCAAAUUACCACAAAUACUACACGAGCACGACUUAGGAGAAGUCGAUUUGAAUCAACUUGACUUACCACAGUUCUUGAAGCUGCUCAACUCACAGUCAGGCAGUGCUGGCAAAGAAGGUCAUGAUAUUUACAAGAUAAACAUAGUCGGUGGAACCAGAGACAUGAACUACGUCUGUGAUGUAUGGUGUCCUAAAGUAAAGAAACUACUGACGAGAAGCGAUCAGAAUGUGAAUUAUUGGGUUACUCUCAAAGGGACGAAGAAAACGUUCAACAGAGACGACCUCGAAGAAGUUUGCAGCAUUUGUCAAAAGCAUAAAAAUCAAAUUUCAGCCCAAUAAAAAGUCCGCGUGAUAAGCAUUUUGACAAUCUGGUUCCUUGAAAUUCAAUCGACAAGCUACGAACUUCCGCACAUUUUACGAAGAAUGUUAGCUUGUCGUAAUGAUAUCUUGAUUUCUUUAUUAUGUGCAUCUCCUAAUUUCGUAUUUUGUUCCAAAUUCGUAUGUAAUUGCAGUCGUCCAAGACCUAAGCCAUGCAUGAAUUUUCUGAAUAAAUUCAAACAUUAUCCUCCGUACAUCAGAU